CAGACUAUAAUCAAAAUGUAAGAUUCACAUCAGUCCAGAGUGAAAAAGAUCAUUUAUUAAUACUUCUUGCAAAAUAUAUUGAUAACAUUGUGAUGAUUCAAAAUGAUUGUGCAAUCAAGUCAUGCAAAGACUUACUCUGGUCUCUAAUUUCAAAAUUAUUAUCAGCUUUUAAUUGUUUACAUUCUGAAACACAUAUUUUGUUUGAAGGUGUACCAGAAAUUAGUAAAGUGGAUAUCAAAAGAAUUUAUUUUCUUUAUGAAACUAGUAAAUUAUGCUUUAAGCAAGUACUUGAACAAGAUAUAUACAAAACCAAACCUCAAAUAACUUCUAGAUGUUGUUUGCGAAAUAUAAAUAACUAUAAAGAAGAAAGAAAUAUACUUUCUUUAUUGUUUGUAUCUAAAGAACAAUUAACUGAAGCUAAAAUUGUGAAUGUUUUGCUGGAACUUGAAAAA